AUGGUAUCUGCAGCUGAAUGUGUACCCGCCAUUUCGAGUCCUCCGGUGCUCAAGCAUGGCGACGAUGUGCUUGUUUCUUAUGGGGGGCUCUACUACAAUGCCAAGGUCACCAACAUCAAGUUUCGAGCGAAUGCUUGGCGGUAUUUAGUGCAUUACACGGGAUGGAGCAAAAAAUUUGACGAGUGGGUUCGCAGCAAUCGCAUUUUCGACGAGAAGGCCAGGGGCCAGCUUAAGAUCGCCCCAAAGGUAAAGCAGGAGCUUGGUUUCAGCGAUGGAUUGAACCGGCAGGAGGCAAAUCCUUCGGACUCGCUGUCCAAAGUCUCCAAAGUCGAGCAGUCCAAGCGUUGCAAGAGUCGGCCUUCUGUGGGAGCCACUGCUGAGAGGGGAAAGAUGAUAAAAACUCCUAAACAGGAGUUUAUAAUCGAGAGCCCUAGCGAUUUGGGAAAACAGGACGCGAAGCUUCUUCCAAUUCAGAUUGUUCUGCCGAGAACUUUGCGGCGACAUCUGCAGGAUCACAAGGAUCGCAUCGAGAACCUCCAACUCACAAGACUUCCCAAGAAACCCAGCGUGGAGGACAUUCUGAAAUUGUAUCAAGACCACAGGAUGCUCAAGAGAGGAAAAGCUGAGAGGAUUGACGUCGAGGUUUCAAACGGCCUGCGGUAUUACUUCGACAGAACUCUCAAGAACUUGCUCUUGUACCCGGCAGAACGGAAGCAAUAUGCAACCUUGCUUUCGCUCAACAGCGACAUUGUACCGUCCACGAUCUAUGGAGCCGAGCAUUUGCUUCGUCUCUUCCCCAAACUCGCGGAGCUUCUCGUGUAUGAUCAGCUCAAAGAGAAAGAGGUGUCCGAGCUCGAAGACAAAGUGAUGGAGAUAAUGCUAUUCAUUGAGGGAAACGAGUCGCAGUUCCUGUGUGCUUAAUCGAACCAUAGACGUAUCAGGUGGUGAAACGAUCCCCAAACGAUUAAGUUCGCUUUCAUCGUUUCAUGAUGUGGUAGCUUGUGGAUUUUGUAAUUUUAUGGUUAUAGCACUCUCGCGCGAGCGACGAGCUACUGGAAACUAGAUAGCUUUUCACUGAUGCCAUUAACAAUUCUCAGUGAAUUGACGGACUUUUGGCUCGAGAACAAAGCUGCUAGCAAUCGAAAAUCAUUGCACGAGAGGAGUGUGGCUCCCUCUCUUGCUACUCUACUUUGUC